AUGCCCGCUCAAUACCCGCGGCCUCCGCAGCGCGAAUCAUGGUUUGCGCCGCUAUCCAUUGACCUCGUCCUCAAGGUCCUCAACACAACUAUUCUGCACCCUUUUGUCUGCUGGAUUAUUCCAUUGUGCUUCCGCGCGCAGACGGUGAAGUGGGAGGCCCCGCCUAUGGUGGCCGCCAUUGCGUGGGCUACUAUUAUCACGCUUUUCUGGAUGGCCAACGUGAUUAACCAGCGCAUCGCUCAUGGUAUCCCACGGGAGGUGGAUCUGAGUGAAGAGGUUAUCGUCAUCACCGGAGGUGCUAGCGGACUGGGACUGCUAAUUGCUGAGGUGUAUGGCAUGCGAGGCGCGACAGUGGCGGUGUUGGACGUGAAUGAGAUGGAGAACACGGAGUCCAGAGGUGUUACGUACUACAAGUGUGAUGUCGGCGACAAGGAGCAGGUCGCCAAAGUUGCCCUCCAGAUCGAGAAGGAUCUUGGUACGCCAACUGUACUUAUCAACAACGCUGCUAUUGUUAUUGGCAAGACUCUGUUGGAUCUUUCCAUGGACGAAAUCGACAAGAGUCUCACUACCAACCUUCUUGGACCCUUCUACUGCCUAAAGAUUUUCUUACCUGCUAUCAUCCGCGGUGGAAACGGUGGUACUAUUGUCAACGUUUCCUCAGUCAUUGGGACCGUUGGCGCUGCACAAUUGACCGACUACGCCGCCGCAAAGGCCGGUCUUACAGCUCUGCACCGCUCCCUAACGGCCGAGCUGCGAGAAAGCCAUCCUGAAAUCCGAACUGUGCUUGUAACUCCUGGCCAAGUGAGCACGCCGCUAUUCUAUGGGGUCCAGACGCCCAACUCCUUUAUUGCACCUGUCGUUGAGCCCGUAGAUGUUACAAAGGAGAUUGUCGCGGCUAUCGAUAGCGGAAAGGGUGUUACUGUUGCGAUGCCUUUGUAUGCUCGAUGGGUAGACUGGCUUAAUGUUUUACCAGUUGGAGUGCAAACUCUUGCACGUUGGGCUGCGGGCGUGGAUCGGGGAAUGAAGACGUUUGUCGGGAGACAGGGACAAAAGCUGGAUUGA